AUGGAAGCAGAAGAAUGCGAAGUAGUUGGUCAUAAACACAAGACAAAGAAAAAAAAAAGCAGGAAAGAUGGGGAAGCCCCUAUUCAAUAUGAUCACCUCAAAAAAAAAUCAAUUGCAGCGAGUGCAUGCUCGAUCCGAACAUUCUGGAACCGGCCGAACUUCCCGAAAGAGGAUCACUCAAUAAACGAACCACAGGAUCACUCCCAUUAUACGAAACACAGGAUCCUACACCCAAUCACCAAUACUGAGAACGGGUGCAAACCAGGCGACUAUUCAUGCAUAUCCAUAAUUAGAAUUGCCAAAAACGACGGAAAAAAAAAGAAAGAAAACCACAAAACCCUGAAAUCAUUUCAAAACCUCCACUUGCCCAUUCGCAUCCCCAAAACCUCCCCCAUCCCGACCCAUUACCCUUCCAUUACCCUUGCGCACGUUCGACGCACCCUGCCCUCUUUUAGCCCAUCCCGCGCACCACACACACUUCCAGCCCCAUCACUGGACUCUGGUUUCGCCGCGACCAGGACCCAAAACGGAAACCUCACAGAUGCGCAUAAUCAGACUCGCAUGGCCUCCAUUAGACUAUGCGUACGUUUACGGAGCGCGCCAGGGCUCGCAACCGCACGUCUAUCGGUACCUCCUCUGCUGCGAUUCGUCCUAUCACCUUCCGCCAGGUUCUUCCGUGAGCUAGCUCCCCUGCACCUCUCCCUGCACCAACUAGUAGCCGCACAGACACUUCUCCAGAAUAUGACUCCAUUGCCACUCCCAUACUGGCCCUUCUUCUUCAGCCGUGCUGUUUAA